AACAGCAAAGAUCUUCGGGAACAAUGGAAAGGAAAGAGAUCAAGAUCCCAGUUUUCUCAGUGUUGAAGAAAGGCAGCAUCUUGAAGAACAUCAUCCUCAACAGCCCUUUGCCGGAGAUCCAAGAAGACGAUGAAAGGAUCCUCAUUGGCCGGCAUCCAGAUUGCCACAUUGUUCUUGAUCACCCUAGCAUCAGCCGGUUUCAUCUCGAGGUCCAGGUGAAGCCUUUCUUGCAGAAGCUCUUCGUCGUUGAUCAAUCUUCAGUUCAUGGGACUUGGGUUUCUGGGGCAAAGAUUGAUCCUUGUGUUCCAGUGGAACUAGUGGAAGGGGAUACGUUGAGGUUUGGGGCAUCUACUAGGGUUUAUAGACUGCAUUGGGUGCUGCAAAGGGAUGCUCUGGAGAUGGGGAACCCAUUGGAGGCGUUGAUUGAGGAGAAAGAAGAUGCUCAUCAGGAUGAAGGGUUAGGGAACCCGAAGGAGAGAUGGGUUGCUGAGAUCCCUUCUGCACCACCAUUGCCAGAAUCCGUCAACUCUGAGACUAUUGACAAACUCUUUUUGAAGGAAUUGGAAGUGAAUGAGAAUUUGACUGCUGAGAUGCCAUUGGUUAAGGAUGCUCGAAGUUCAUCCAGCCUUUUGUCGAGAAGAAAAAAGUCUGUUGGAUUACUCUGCAUUCCGAAUGGGAGGAAUGAAGAUGUGAUGAAGGAGAAACAUUGCCAUGUUCUUUCUGCCGAUGUUGAUGGGAAUGAUGUAAAUGAUUGCAUCAUUAGUUCUCGGGGGAUCUCAGAGGGUCAAACUGCGGAAGAGAAGUUUGAUUAUGGCAUGGAUGAUGUAGCACUAGAAGUGUCUUAUGAUCAGAUGUUUCAGGAAAGUCUUGUGCUAAGGUCAUCUUCAAAUUGGAGUGGAUAUUUGAAUGUUGUGGAUGAUAAAUACUGUUUGGGUGGAGAGGUUGUUGAUAUUGUGAAACAAGAGCAAUGUAUUUUGGAUGAUUGCAAGAAUGCUGCUGAAGAAGAAGAAGAAGAAGAAGCAUUUGUUUCAGAUAAGGAGAAUAUGACACCAGUUGUUUCUAAUGGCCAGAGAUCACUGAAAACUCGAUUUGGAGUACAGAGAUCACCUUUCAAAGCCAUUGCAGCUUUGAACCUUGAAGAUGAGUUUCUUUCAGAUGGAGAAUUGAAGCCAGUUCUAGACCAACCUAUCUUGAAGAAUUGGGAGAACCCUAAUGGAGAAGAAGUAGAAGAGGAAGAAGAAGUAGCAUUUGUUUCAGAUAAGGAGAAUGUGACACCAAUUGUUUCUACUGGUCAGAGAAAGACUCGAUUUGGACUGCAGAGAUCGCCUACUGAACCCAUUGCAGCUUUGAACCUUGAAGAUGAGUUUCUUUCAGAUGGAGAAUUGAAGCCAGUUCUAGAACAACCUAUCUUGAAGAAUUGGGAGAACCCUAACGGAGAAGAAGUAGAAGAGGGAGAAGAAGUAGCAUUUGUUUUGGAUAAGGAGAAUAUGACACCAAUUGUUUCUACUGGCCAGAAAUCACAGACUCAAUUUGGAGUACAGAGCUCGCCUACCAAAGCCAUUGCAGCUUUGAAACUUGAAGAUGAGUUUCUUUCGUAUGGCAAGUUAAAGCCAAAACAAUCUGUUUUGCAGGAAUGCAUGAAAGUCUUAGAAGAAAAACAGGAGACAAUUGUUUUGGAUAAAGAGAACAUGACACCAGUUGAAACCCAUGAGCGAAGAUCGGAAAAGAGCUGCAUGAAAAUCCAGAAAUCAUCAUCAAAUGCCAUAGCAACUUUGAAUGUGGUAGUAGAUUCACCGUAUCCCGAUCGAGAGAACUGGACUCCUGAAAUCACUAAAGACCUGAAACUGAAGAAUUAUACAUCAGAAAAUAUUUUGAGUAGAAAUUCAGAAACUGCAUUUUCUGAUAAAGAGAACUGGACACCCAAAGUUUCCAGAGGUCAAAAAUCAAAGAGAAGGGCAGAAAAAUUCACAAUGGCUGACAAUGAGGAACCAGCAUCUGGCUCAAAUAAGGAGAAUUUAACACCUGACAGUUCAAGAGCUCUGAAGUCAAGGAAAAGUCUAUCAAGAAGCCACACAAAAAUUGAAGAACAAAUCAUGAAGAAACGCUUAGAGAGGAUUCCCUUCCAGUCCCUGUUGGAAAAUUCUCCAAUGAAGACUAGCAGUUCUGUUAGCAAUAACCAAAGGGAUGCAAACAAAACUGUAAACCCUCCUUUAAGCUCUAAACAAAGUUAUGGAACCUCUGGGGAUGACGAUCAAAGCAUCAGAACUUUGAACCAAUCAGUGGAUCAAAUGCACAAUGUGGGACAUGAGAAGAAGAAAUGGAACAUUGUAGCGGAUGCAAGUUGCUUCCUUACUGAAGAGUCAAGAAGAUCAUUGCAGCUACUUGAAGGACUAAAAGGAACACAUCUUAUUAUCCCAAUGAUGGUUAUCAGAGAACUGGAUUGUAUGAAACAGCACGAGCGAUGGUACCAAAAGACGCCAAAGGCUUCUUCAGCAUUGCAAUGGAUAAAGGACUGCAUGGUGCGGACAAGUUGGUGGAUUCAUGUCCAGAAUUCAUCAGAGACUUUGCCUGUUCCGCCAACUCCUCCGGCAUCACCUAGAUUACAGUUCACUGAAAAUUCAAUGGCAUUCUCUGUGUUCGGUGGCCUUACGGAGAUUCUUUCUCCGACAGCAGAAGACCACAUCCUUGACUGCGCUCUUCUAUUUAAAAGGAUAAAAACAGAUGGACAUCUCGUCCUCUUAUCGAACAACACAACUCUUAAAAUCAAAGCAAUGGCAGAGGGUUUGCUGUGUGAGACCCCAGUAGAAUUCCGCGAGAGUCUUGUGAAUCCUUUUUCGAAGAGGUUUUUGUGGGUCGAUAGCAGCCCGAGAGGAUCAACCUGGUCGUUAUCUGAGGAGAUGAGUUUUACUCAGAACUAUUAUGAUCAACUGCCAAAUACAAGGAAGGUGAACAUGGCAGCUGAGAAUGCAAAAGGAUUGAAACUCAUCUUACUUCACAAUUCUCACUAUAGGCAAGCCAACUCAGUCAAGUAAAAUAAUAGUUGGAUUGAUGCAUUUAGAUAUAUGUUUUGAGUUUCUUUCCUGGUUUGCAAAUUCCUAUUUCUAGAACAUCAAUGUUCAAGUUUCUUUUUUUCUAGAAACUGUCUUUUUCAUUUAUAAGAUUUUCAUUCCUGUUUCCUUCACCUAA